GGCUAUUGAACUGUAUGCGAAGCAGUGGCAAAGGCAGAAGUAUUGGAAACGGAAAUUUGCAAACAUAAUUCGAAAAUAUGAAUUUAAUUAUUGUCGCCAUUGUGCUACUAAUGGCCCACAAGGAAUACAUGGCAAGCCCAACACCAUUAAAAUUACCAGGACACACACAAAAGCUCUCCCCCUAUAUACGGCACUGGGAGGCGGCGGAUUUCGAUCGUUCGCAUUUGCACUCGGCACAUCAGAAACACAUCGAACAGAAACGUCAUCGUCGAAAAAGAGCACUGGAUUUGGGCGAAUUCGGGCCAGUGCACACAAUCAGACUGAAUUUCUUUGCUCAUGACAGAGAAUUUCGCAUGGUUCUCCAACAGAAUCCACUGUCGGUGUUUGCGGGUGAUGUUGAAAUCGAAAGCACGCAUGGACCGGUGGAUUAUGACAUUUCGAGAAUAUACACCGGAACACUAGAGGGUGAUGAGAACUCGCAUGUACAUGCCAUUCUCACCAGCGACAAUCUGCUCGAUGGCACCAUCGAAACGGUCGGUGAACACUACUAUGUGGAGCCAGCGCAACGCUAUUCAAGCGAGUUGCCCGCAUCGGGUGUGCACAGUGUCAUUUACAAAGUCAGUGAUGUGCAAAUGCGCAAGUCGGCCGCAGCCGAGCACUGCGCUAGUGAACGACUGCGACGCGACAUGCUACUGAACGAUCUGAAGCGACGGAAAGCGGUCACCAACGAAGCGGAAGCGUCAAAGUCGCUAGAGCGUCACAAGCGUUGGCUGCCGGAUGAGUUGGCUACAUCUAGCGAUGACCAUCAAAAUCCGCCGCUGCCAUUGGACUUGGACGUGCCCUACAACGACGACUUCAGCAUUUUUGCGGGUGGAGGCAGUCGUGGUCGCUUUCGAGAGCAAGAGCGUGGGAAGAACCGCGAACGGGAACGAGAUGCAGAUCGGGAUCGAGAUCGAGAUCGUGAAGAGAUCACUACAACGAAAAGUGUGACUAACAACAAUAACAAUAAACAUGAGUAUAACUAUAAUAGGGAACAGCAACGAAAUAGAUAUCAGCAAUCAGCGACGACGACAACAACAACAACGUGGCGUAAUGCAGCCGCUGUUGAUAGGGAAACAACCGACAGAUACGGCGACCUGCUGCGAAAUGUAAAUAGUGCCAACAGUGAUAACAAUAGCAACAGCAAUACGAGAAGUGGCAACACUUAUGUUCCGUCCCUCAUUGUUGCGAAUGCGUCCACGCAUGGUGGUGGUGCGCAGAAUCGCAACAUCCUUGUGAACAAUUACAAUCCUGGCAAUAGUUAUAGCAAUAGCAACACGAACUACAACAACAAUAAUAACAAUAACAACAACAAUAACAAUGGCUUACGCAAAACCUAUGCCAAGCACAAGAAUAUCAUCGUUAGCACUUACAGCAAUAAAAACAACAACAACAACAAUAAUAAUAAUAAUAGCAGCAGCAACAACAGCAAUAAUCGUUCGUAUCCCUAUGAUUUUGUCAUCAACGGCGGUGGCAACCACAACAACAACAAUGCAAACAGCAAUAAUGGCGUCAAUUAUAACUACAAUGACAACAACAAUAACAAUAACAAUCGCUUCGACACGAACAAUUUCUUUCAAACGAAUUGGUCCACCAUGUUCACCAACAACAACAACGAUCGUCCCAGUCACAAGACACACGUCGAAAUCAUAACAAAAAAUGGCGCCACCAAAAAGCCGAACAUCAUCGUGAAUAAUUAUAAUCCGGAUAUUAUGCUAGUGCCAAAUCCACAAAAUCCACACUUCAAUAGCAUGUUGAUGACGAAUUUGCUAAGUGGGCGUGGCCGUGAUGCUGCGUACGAGACAAAUUCGAAGGAUAGCGCACAGUCGAUGUAUGACCGCAAGAUCACGUGCAUGCUAUAUCUGCAAGCCGAUCACACAUUCUUUCAGAAGAUGGGUUCCGACGAGGCCAGCAUUGAGGCGAUCACGCGUCAUGUGCAGCGCGCCAAUUCGAUCUACAAAAAUACGGAUUUCAACAACGACGGCAAGCCAGACAAUAUAACAUUCAUGAUCAAGCGCAUCAAGGUGCAUAAUAUGAACGCGGUCAGGGAUCCGAGCUAUCGAUUUCCGGGCAAUUACGGUGUGGAAAAGUUUCUGGAACUCUUUUCAGAGGAAGAUUAUGACGCCUUUUGCCUGGCCUACAUGUUUACAUAUCGAGACUUUGAGAUGGGAACUCUGGGUUUGGCAUGGACUGGUGACCUCAAAAAUGCCGGCGGCGUGUGUGAGAAGAAUGGGCACUAUCGUGGUUCUUUGAAGUCGCUGAACACAGGCAUUGUCACGCUACUAAAUUACGGUAAACAUGUUCCUCCAGCCGUAUCGCAUGUGACAUUAGCACAUGAAAUCGGACAUAAUUUUGGAUCACCUCACGAUCCGGAACAGUGCACACCCGGCGGUGAGGAUGGUAAUUUCAUAAUGUUUGCGCGCGCCACGUCCGGUGAUAAAAAGAACAACAACAAAUUCUCACCAUGUUCACUAAAAUCCAUCGAACCCGUACUAAAUGCGAAAGCACGUAGCGCCAAAGGCUGUUUCACCGAACCGCAGGCGUCCAUUUGCGGCAACGGCGUGGUCGAGGGUGACGAACAGUGCGACUGCGGUUGGGAGGAGGACUGCAAGGAUACAUGUUGUUUCCCGAUGUCACGUCAUCCGCGCAUCGACGAAAAACCAUGCACUUUGACGCCGCGUGCCAUGUGCAGUCCAUCGCAGGGACCAUGCUGUACGGGUGAUUGUAAAUUGAAAUUCGGCGAUAAGUGUCGCGAUGACAACGGCUGUCGCGAUCCGAGCUUCUGUAACGGUCUCGGACCGGAGUGUCCGCCAUCGGUGAACAAACCGAAUAAGACGAUAUGUAACAAAGAAUUCGUGUGUUACAUGGGUGAGUGUACGGGUAGUAUUUGUUUGGCCUACGGCCUCGAGUCAUGCCAAUGCAUACCGGGACCGACUGAUGACAAAAUUAAAUCGUGCGAAUUAUGUUGUAAAUUGCCCGGAGAGGGCAAUGCCUGUCGCAGUUCGUUUGAAUGGAAUGAGCCGCCAUUUGAUGUGCCGGAUAUGUACGCAAAGCCGGGCACGCCGUGCAACGAUUACAAUGGCUAUUGUGACGUAUUCCAAAAAUGUCGCGAAGUUGAUCCGUCGGGACCGUUAGCUACGCUACGCAAAUUACUGUUGUCGGAGGAGAGCAUUGCCACAUUUAAGAAAUGGGUACAGCAUAAUUGGUACACAGUUGUGUUGGCGGCAUUGGGCGUAUUCGUGUUGCUGAUACUCAGCACGAAGCUGCUGGCGAAGCGCUCGAAUCUGAAACUAAAAUCGGUGACCAUCAUACACAGCGCCACCACCGAAACGGUGCGUCUACCCGACGACAACAACGGCGUCAUCGUGCACACGGCCGUCCGUACAAAAGUACCGUUCAAGAAAAAGGUGCGCGGCGAGCGCAGCAACAAAAGUAAGAGCACGCACAGAAGCGGCAGUAGUGGCAAUAUAGGCGCUGGCAAAACUAAAGGCAGCGGCAGCGGCGGCAAAGCGACGUCCUCCAAAGCAACCGAGUUAGCGGCGAAAUCAACGUACGCACAUAACCGUAGUGGAAAACCAAGCAAUACAGCAGCAGCAGCAGCAACAGCAGCUGGCGGUGCUAGUGGAGAAGUAGUGGUAAAGCCAACGCGCACCAAGAAAAAUCGCGUUGGUAGUGGUGGUGGCGCGGCUGCGUUGAAGUCCACACCAGUUGCGGCAGCAUUAAACACGCCACUUGCGGCCGCAGGAAGCAGCGCUAAGUUGGAGAACGAAGUGAAAGCAAAGAGUAAGCGCUUUAAGAAGCACAACAAGGAAAUCAUUGAUUAUUCAUCGCGCGGUGGACCGGACGCGGCGAGCAUUAGCGGUAGUGGGCACACCAACACCUUCGGCAAAGUGCAGAAAUGGCUGCUGGAGUCGCCGAUUGUCGUACAACCGCUUUCCCAUAUCGAACACUCUUCGAAAAUACGAAAAGUGAUGAGCAAAUCACAGUCCACACCCGAACGUCUGGUACAAAAGUCACCGCAGAAGUCCAAGUCGGUGACGAAUCUGGUCAAUGACAAAGUGAAACUGCAAGUGGUGUAUAAGCCGCCAUUUAAGUUCGCGCUGCGUCUCUCCAAGAAUGCCAAGGUGAAGACGCAUGUAAUUGGCGGUGCAGCGAACAAACUUAAGCGGACGACACGUACGAACGGCGCCGAGAGCAAACGCAAGAGCAGCAAUCAAAAUAGCGAGGGUAGCAAGAACUCUGGCAGCGGUGGCAAUGACGAGGUUAAAUGCAAACGCAUUGCGCUACUACUCCGUAACAAUAACGAAGACAAUCAAAUACUAACCUUAAACGAACCGACCUAUGAGACGCUCAAUCCGAAAACCAUGCCCUCCAAAAUGGAGAAUCCAUUCUACGAGAAUCUGCUGUGCAGCACAGCCACGGGCGAAAUGCGCGUUGCCAUGCCUGCCAACAAUGAAGCGGCAGCAAGCAACAGCGUCGCGGCGAACUCGGCAAGCGCAAGUGUUUCCAGUAAGACUGCUAGUUCGAAUAGCGGCAAGCUGACGUCCGAUGCGCACGCCAUCGGUGGUGCACUGCAAAAGCAACGCGCACACAACUACAGUCGCUCCAAUUCGUUUUCAGCCAAUAAUCCAUUUACCGCCAAUCAAAAUGCACUCCAUGCGCGCAAGCUGAGCGAAAGCAGUACCGCGCAUCAGCCUGCGGCGAAUACAGCCAAUUUGGGCCGCAACUUCGGUAGCACACAAAAUCUUGGCCAAAUGGCGCAAAAUCAAAAUCAUCUAGCCAAAUCAAAGAAACGCAGCAGUCUGAAUCUGAAACUUAAUAGCGCCGCCAAAAAUGGUAAGGAUCCGCCUAUUGCGGCGCGGCGCAGUAAUUCUAAUAUGAAUUUACGUAGUAAUAACGCGGCCACCACAUAUCAGCCCAGUAUCUACACGAAUGAUCCACAAAACUCCAUUGCCACCGCAACCACCAACACAACCACUUCCACACACGCCAGCAAUGCUGCUGCCACCAUAGUUACGCCCGCGCCUACGGAACGUCAGCUGCGACGCAGCUCCAGCAGCACCGCCAACCAACACCAACCAAAGUCCGCAAGCCAGAGCUCGGCUGGCCAUGCUUUCUCAGCGGUUCUACCGGCUGCGCGCACCAGCUUCAGCAACAUACCACGUGUCAGUCUGAGCGCCGCUGCCAGCAGUAACGUAAAUGCGAGCGCCGCCAACACCAAUGGCGGUUUGGGCAAUUUCAACCGGAUAGCCGAUGGUGAUCAACUAGUCGUCGCAGGUAGUCAGUCCAGUCACAGCAGUCAAGGUAGUCAUGCAAGCCAUCCCAGCCACAGUAGCCACCAUGCACCGUUACGCCAUGAGCAUCGACGUAGUCGUAGCAACGCACAUUCCACCACAGCACCAUCACUAGCCAUCACUGCCAAUUCUAAUGCCACCGCCCCUACGGAACAACAAUUGCAACAACAGCAACAAAAGCGUUCCAAUUCUAUUAGACAGCUGCAACAUAGCUAUCAUCCGCCGCCGUUGCCGUCUGUGGCGACGGCGUCCAGCCACAUUGGUCAGGGGCGUAUGGAAGGGGAGCACGAACUGCCAUCCGACUUGGAGGUAUUGUUGUCCGAUGUGGAGAAUAUAGUUAGUUAAGGGUUAAUAGUUAUAAGCAAUAGAUGUGCGCUUGAGUACUGUAGGAAGCUGGUCGAAAGUGCUUUACGCAAAGCAAUUCAACGGUAUUUAAUAGUGAUUAACGGUCAAUGGAUGUAUGUAUGUAUGUAGAAAAACUCAGCACAUUGUUUACCGACUGUAAGUAGCUUCCCGUACAUAUAAAUUAUUAUUGUUUCUUAAUUGUUUUUGCUUCUUUUGCAAGUGAUAACAAAGUGUAAUCGAUAAAUUAUUUUUCUAAAAAAAAUAUCGAUUUAAUAUUGUGUCAGGAAAGGAGCAACUUUGAUUUCGUUCUGAUCCGCUCUAAUAAAGCCAUAUUAUCCACUUAGCACCUUUUAACAAUUCUCUUUAAAAAUUAUUUUUUCAUAAUAUUUUAGCGAUACCUUUUAAUUUCUAACUUUUAAUUCUACGCAUAAACAUUUUUCAUUUAAAAGUCUUAAAUAUGAAAAACUUAGUUUCAAUUAUAUAAUUUAAAUAUUGGAGAAAAAAGUUCGCUCAAUACGAUCAAAUCUGAAUAUUACCUCAAGUAUUUCAAAAAUCAUUUUCGACAACAAAAUUUGUAAUAUCGGAAAAAAAUCGUUUGAUCACAAUUUUAU